UGAAGUGAAGAAUUGAGAGAAGAAUCGCACUGUUAAAUCGCUCAGAAAAAGAAUAGACAUGUUUUGCUAUAAGAGGAUUUUUCUUUAUAUUCAAAUCGUUUGAAAAAAAAAGGAAAAUGGAAUCAAGUUGCCCUUCAACCCCUCGCUGGAAUCUCGACAGACCUUUUCUCACCGGCAGAUUUCAUCAGGAAAUAAAGGGGACAUCUCGUUUGGCAGCUGAUGCGAAGGGUUUUCCUUCGGAUUGUUCAGCUCUGGGUUGGAAAUCCAAUCGGUUGUUAUGAUGCUGCGGUUCAGGAACUUAUUGUCAUUGAUGAUCUCCUUUUUGCGUUGGUUGGAGUUGAAGGACGAUAUAUUUCGAUCAAAAGAAUGCAUGGAAAGGCUGAUUUUAGUUUGCAGAUUGAUGCAUCCAUGGAUUUAGCACUUCAGGAAUUAGCAAAACGGAUAUUUCCUUUGUGUGAGAGUUUUCUCUUGAUUGAUGAGUUUGUAGAGUCCAGAUCUCAGUUCAAGAAUGGCCUUGUCAAUCAUGCCUUUGCUGCUGCAUUGAGGGCACUCCUUUUGGAUUAUCAGGCCAUGGUUGCACAGCUUGAACACCAAUUCCGACUUAGAAGACUUUCUAUUCAAGGAUUGUGGUUUUAUUGUCAGCCCAUGAUGGGCUCCAUGCAAGCAUUGUCCACUGUGAUAAGGAAGGUUUCAACUAAUAAUUAUGCAGGUUCUACAGUGCUUAAUUUGUUGCAGAGCCAGGCUAAGGCUAUGGCCGGUGAUAGUGCUGUGAGGUCAUUACUAGCGAAAAUGACUCAUUCUGCUAGCAAUGCUUACCUUAGCAUACUGGAAAGGUACCCCCUGUACCCUGCAAUAACUGCAGCAUAUCAGAUUUUUGUUACUUAUGCAUAAAUGUCUGGAAUCUUCAAGUCUUUUUACUUUAUCUGGUUAUGUUUUUAAGAAUGUCCUACAUGCUUGUGUAUCUUAUUCCGCGCACUAUUUUUGCAACAAAAUAUAUUAUAGUUGGUGAGUGGAAAAAUGUGUUUCUGAGUUUUUGGUUUGUGCUAGGGGUUGUGUUAGUUGAAGGCUUGUCUUUCUGAGAAGGAAUGAGUGUUAAGCAGACUAAUAGCAUUUUUCCGAACCCACAUGUGGUCCGUAUAUGAAAUGACGGAAUUGCUUUGUUUUGUCUGGUCCUGUGUGU